AUGGCCACAGCGUCCAUCAACAAGCUCAACCACGACCUUCGAGUCUCAACAAAACGGCGAAGCCUAAACUCUUGUUGUCCUUUGACGAACCUACGUCAGGUCUUGACUCGCAAAGAGCUUGCGCAAUCAUGUCAUUCCUGAGGAGUUUUGCAGAUAACGGACAGGCCAUUCUUUAUACGUCAGCCGUCAGCGGAGUGUUUUCGGCAGGUUUCUACUUCUUCAAAAGGGUGGUCGCACUGCCUACUUCGGUGACCUUGGUCGAAACGCCACCACAUUGAUUGAGUACUUUGAGAAGAAUUGGGCACUGCCUAGUCUUGAUGACGAAAAUCCUGCGGAGUACGUGCUGGGCGUCAUCGGAGCUGGUUCAACCGCUACGAGCGAACAAGAUUGGUAUCAACUCUGGCAAUCAUUCCAGGAGUCAAAGGAGACCCAGCGGGAAAUUGAAGCUAUCCACGUUGAAGGUCGUAACCGGCCAGCAAUUGCCGCAUCCAUACAUACCGAAUUUGCCAAUCCUUGGGCAUACCAAGUGCUGGAAUUCCUAAAGCGUGAUGUGGAAGUGCACUGGAGAAACCCCACGUACCUCAUGGCGAAACUCAUCCUGAACAUUGUUAGCUGUCUUUUCAUCGGGUUCACGUUCUUCAAGGCUAAGCAUAAUAUCCAAGGCACGCAAAACAAGCUCUUCGCGAUCUUCAUGGCAACGAUCCUCAGGAGCCACUCUGUUACUCUUGACGUGGUUCUGGACCUAACGGCGUACUGCAACCCUUUGCACAACUUGGCUGGCGGUGUUGGAUUUGUGUGCCCGUUCUUCCUUUCACCAAGGCUGAUAUGCGUGUUUGCCUUCUCGGACAAGCAAUUAUCUCUCAUCUAUAUCACAGCUAUCGCGAUCGGUGGCCAACAAGUAUCCUGCUCACCCGUCGAAUUCGUGUCGAUCACCCUACCUAGCGGGAUGACUUGCGGCGAAUACAUGAAGCCAUUCAUUUCGUUUGCAGGUGGCUACCUCACCUCCGACUGUCAGUUCAGCAUUCGCACGACGGACCAGUUCCUCAAUUCCGCGUUCAAUAUUUUCUAUAACCACCAUUGGCGGAAUUUUGGCUUCAUGAUGACGCCCCUUGUGUUCAAUUUCUCUUUUAUCUACCUUCUCGCAUAUAUUUUCUGGAUUCGCGAAGGAAGCAUUUUACCCUCUUUUAAGAGGCGUGCUGCCAAGAAGUAAUGUAUCCAUUGAUAUCUCGAUAAACGGGCACUCGUCCCAUAAUCGUUUUGUGGGCUUCAUCAUAGAUACUUAGAAGCUGGGUCAUAUGGCCUGAGGAUUCUUCAUUCUAUUUACAAGGGAGCGAUGGAUAUCAAACGGACUAAUGUACUCAAUUUAUGUAGUAUAUUAUGAUCGAUACGAAAUCGUCAUCGUAUCACU